CGUACGCUUCUGGUAUUACCGAUUUCCAUUGAAAGUACUGGUCAUAAGGAAUAUCCAUGAAUUUCAUUAGUCAGUCGUCGUCAGUGUAAUUCAAAGAAGGAAAUGAUGAUUUUUUCGCGACAUCCGUAUUUCUGGUAUCUAUUAUUUUUCAAUCUCUUCGGGAUAUUCAACUCGCAGCCUAGAAAUUCACCUGAAUACGAAAAAGAUGCAUCAUCUUCGAUCACUCCACCGACAAGAGCCCACCGUUUUUUUCUCACUGAGAAAAAUCAACUAAUAAAAGAGGUGAACACAGACGUAAAAACCUUGUUGCGUUACUUCCCAGGUGUAUCCGAUGGAAUAACCUCAACGAGUCGAUCUCUCGGGGAGAUGAAGUCAUACGCAUAUACCUGCCUGAACGAGAUCAAAGAUAUCCGCACGGAGAUAGCCCUGAUAAAGUUCCAAACGAUGUACCUACCGAUGAACUUGACGAAAUUGUCUCAAAACUUGGAGAUACGAGAUCAAACGAUGCUACAACGAGUAACCAAUGGAACAAAAAUAGUGUCAGGUGGACUGGUAGCCCUGGGGAAGUACUACAUAAGCCUCCGAAACGAUUACCGAGCAAUCCGAAGAGAUCUCCGAAGACUGAUAGAAAUGAUCGCUAACGCCACAGAAGCACCACCACCAGAAGAUCAACCGAUUUACAAUCAGGCGACAACCACAUCCGCUCUGAUAUCAACCCCCAACCACUGGCCGAUGAUCGAGCACCAGCUCAACACCUCCAACUCAAAGCUGCACGAUUUAACCCUCUCCCAGGAGCAGAUCAAAUCGAGAAUAAAUGAAGCAAUCACUAGAUCGGACAACGGGAUCUCCCGUUUGGAGCAAAAAAUUGAGAUGGCACUUGCAGGACUCAACGCGGACAACAAAGUCGUCCACGAGCGGAUAAUCAACGAUAUCCUGAGGUUGAUGCAGCAGAUGUCUGACCUGAAGAGCGAUAUCUCGUCAACCUGUGGAUCAACGUCUCCACACGGUAUAAAAAAUCCUUCAAUAUCGGUUCAUCCCCAACAUUACGGUCCCAACAGAAUACAUUCGGGUAAAAUCACCUCCAAAUUCGUUCCACCCCUGAAUCUAGCCCAGUUAUUUGAGUACUGGUCGGUCGUUAACAGGUUCCAGGCAAUCUAUCAAAAACUCCUAGAUCAGAAUCCAGUUGUGGGACUCGGCGGGGCAAUCGGUGUAGGAAAGCUCAUGAAUUUGCCACGAGGAUUGCCAGAUUACACGGGACUCAUGGGAGGAUUUUCGGGUCUUGCGUUAAUUCCCGAUGACGAAUUGAUAAAUCUGAAGCAAUUGUUCAUGGAAUCACUGGAACUGAUGGGUAUUAUGCCCAAGUUUCAAAAUACAUCUGAAGGAUGGUAUGAUGAGCCGAUUGGCACGCCGAGACCCGCACCCCCUGCGCCCAUUGACUCAUGGUUGGAGCCGUGGUUUCAUACCGAAUCUACGAUUUUUCCCACAGACAGUUGGGGAUUUGGUGAGGGAACGACUGAGCAUCCUCAUGCAUUUCCUGGUACGCAUGUUCCACCGGAGAUUAUUGAGCUGGAGGGAUUGCCACCGACUCCGAGGCCAACGCUGCCAUCAGUUCCUGAUCCACCGUAUCAGCUCGUUCCUAGUGUCACGGAUAUCACAGGGAUUCCAGGAUUGAUGCCAGAGGAGAGUGCAGAUGAGAUGACAGACGGGAUAACAGGGAUUUCAAAUCAAUCUUCGGAGGGGAUUACUGAGGGAAACGGAGAGCCAACGGUGCAGCAGUCUCCAACAGUGAUUUCGGAUAGUUCCACGAGACCGUCAAUUAUUGCGCCAACACCUGCUGAUGUCCCGGAACCACCGACACUCCUUGAACCUAUCACCGUUCUCAAAGCUACAGGUCUCGAGGGCCAUUGCGCCUGCUCCUGUCCCUGCGCCUGCACCUGUCCAAUUUUGCCCAUUGAAUUACCAACGACUGCUUCGAGACAGUGGUGGACAGGGAUUUAUCAUCUGAAGCGUCCGAAAAAACUCAACUGCAAGUGUCUAUGUGCUUGUCCCUGUCCUCCAGAGUACAUCGUCGUGCCACCGAUCACCGAUCAUGAUCAUGAUCACGGUCAUGAUGACGAUCACGAUCACACUCACGAUCAGGAUCACGAUCAUGAUGAUGAUCAUCCUUAUUACGACGAUCUUGUACCACCCAUCAGUGCAUCACCCACCACUGAUACCAAACAUGAUGACAAGUACUGUGAGAAAGUUGGAGACCUAGCCAGGCGUAUCGACGAACUCAGGGCUGAUUUUCAGAUCAUGAGGCUAACUGUCAGGGAUGAGAUGGUGAUCACUAGGGAGGCCAUCGUCACCCAGAUGAAUGACAAAUUUCUCGCUGUCUCUGCUGCACUUGCUACCAGUCAUUAUAAGAAUGCCAUUCUUCAUUCUAAUGAUAAGAAUGCCACUGAUAACGUCAGGAAUUUGGUCAAGAGACAGUUCAUGAGGAGCCAUUAUAUGUUGAGGCGUGUGACGGGGGCUGUUGGCAGGGUGCAGAGUGCGGUUAGAGCAAUGCUGAAGAAUUAUCCACAGAAAGUGGGGAAUCCCCAAGAUCAGUAUGACAAUCCAUAUGGACAGGCGCGCCGUCGGUACAUGGGGAUGGAAAGAGCAUUGAGACCCCCGAGAGAUUUUCCUGAUGAUAAUUACGAGUAGAAAUUAUAUCCAUUACAUUUGUAGCAAGAACGUAAGCCAUCGACGCAAUGAAGUGGCGUCUGAUGGAAUAAUGAAUUUCCAAAUGAAUGUAUUUUUUUUCUGCUUCAUCUUUCGUCCUGUCUUUCCGUUUCCAGAUGGUGGAGGACUUGAGAAAUUAAAGAAGAAUCCACCAAGCAGGGAUCAAAAAAAUAAUACCAAGGAAAACAGCAUAAAGUUAUUAUUUCAAUUAAAACAAUUAUCAACUUAUUUUAAUUCGAUAAAAAUUCUCAGCUGACGCCGAUUUUUGUUUGUCAAAUAAAUUGAAUUAGAAAUAA